UUGAACGAGAUGCCGCUGUUCAGUCUGGGAGUCGAAGCAGAUGGAUGAGGUUGGUAGUAUUUGGAAGCGUUAAAUUAAACGAUACAUCGCACUCAAAAGCGCAACGAGAAAGGACUCUUAUAUUACUAUAGUUCUCAAUGAAGAAAAACGCUGUUGGUACAGUUAGGGAAAGUAGGGUUGGAGUUGCAGAAUUCCUCAGCUGCUUCUAGUUUGAAAGAAGUUUUGCUUCGAGUUGUCUUGUGGAAGUGAAGCGGCGCGAUGAUGCCGGUUGGGGUAGGUUCUUGCAGCCAGGGGAGAAGCGGCUUGUUAACCGACAUCCAGACCCCCAUCAUGACAGAACCAUUCGGUAACAGCUACAGUUUGCUCCCAGGGAAAGAACUCGGCAGGGGAAAGUUUGCUGUGGUUAAAAAGUGUGUUAAAAAGAGCACUGGAAAAGAAUAUGCUGCUAAGUUCAUGAGAAAGAGAAGAAAAGGGCAAGACUGCCGCCUGGAGAUUAUCCAUGAAAUUGCUGUUAUAGAAUUGGCCACUUCGAACUGUUGGGUGAUUGAUAUCCAUGAAGUUUAUGAGACAUCAUCUGAAAUGAUCCUGGUACUUGAAUAUGCUGCAGGUGGUGAAAUUUUUAACCAGUGUAUAGCUGAUCGAGAUGAGGCCUUUACAGAGAAAGAUGUCAAACGGCUGAUGAAACAGAUAUUACAAGGAGUUUCAUUUUUGCACAAAAAGGGUGUGGUUCACCUUGAUUUGAAACCCCAGAACAUUUUGCUAACUAGCGAAUCUCCCAUUGGAGAUAUCAAGAUAGUUGACUUUGGACUUUCUAGAAUUGUCAGCAGCAAUGAGGAACUGAGAGAAAUUAUGGGAACACCAGAGUAUGUUGCACCUGAAAUUCUUAAUUAUGAACCAAUCAGCACAGCUACUGACAUGUGGAGUAUAGGUGUACUGGCCUAUGUUAUGCUCACUGGAACUUCCCCUUUUCUGGGAGAUGACAAACAAGAAACCUUUCUUAAUAUUUCUCAGAUAAAUGUGAGCUACAAUGAAGAGGAAUUUGAACGGAUAUCUAAAUCAGCAGUUGACUUCAUAAAAUCCCUUCUGGUUAAAGAACCACAUAAAAGAGCCACAGCAGAAGAAUGCCUGUGUCAUAUUUGGCUGCAGGAAGAUCCAGAGGAGGAAGUAGAAUCUGAAUGCCUCACUCUCACUAGUAGCAGUCCAGACAUGUCUACGUUAAAGGAGCCAGAGAAACCAAGUCAGAUGACAGAGGAGCUCAUUGUUAUGGCAGCAUACACACUUGGACAGUGCAGACAGUCAGAGAAGGAUAACAUUACUUCUGAUAAGAAGGCCAUCUCCAAGAGGUUCAAGUUUGAAGAACCGUUCAGUUCGCUGCAAGAGAUUCCUGGGGAAUUUAUAUACUGAAACACCUUUGUUUUGGGGCUUUAUAUAAGCACUGGCCUCAGAUCUAAACACAAAGACUUUUCAGCCAAACCAUUGUUCCUUUUGUGCUGGUUAAAUUUAUUCUGAGUAAAAUACUAAAUGUAUUAUUAGCCUUACUUGUAAGAUAAAUAUUAUUGUCUGUGCCAUGCUUGGAAUUCAAAUAUAUGAUGGGGUAUUUGACCGUUAAUUAUAAUACUGUAUGUGUAAUGUAAUGAGUGAUACAGAGAAAAACA